AACAAUAAAUACCUCAAUUUUUUUUUUCGUAGUGAGAGACAACAAUAGAGAGAUAAAAAGAGAGAUAAAAACGAGUAGAUAGUUUAGUAAUGUUUUUGUUGUUAAAUAAAAAAACAAAUCGAAGAAGAAUAAGAUGGGACGAUAUUUACAAUAAAGAGGAAAAACACAAAUGAAAAUAAGGGGCGCGCGUAUCACAGAGUCGAAGUUUUAAGGGUUGCGCAUCUCAACGACGUUUCUUGUUGUUGGUCUGUGUUUUUUGUUUAUAUGUGUGUUUAUGUGUGUAAGUGUUUAUGUGUUCUGAUCCAGGGCGAAAGAUCAUCUUCUCUACUACUGUGUUGAAGUACCCCAUAUAUAUACAAAAUACAUAUAUAUAACAUACCUUUUAUAUCAUUGUGUGCGCGCUUUUUGGUCCGUUGUUUUUCUAUAUCGAAUUGUGAUAAAGUGUGAUUCGAUACGACGGAGGUCUGCUUAACAAAUUUUAACGGACAUGAUAACAAUAUGAUGACUGUGUCUCCAGUGUUUUUUCAUGUGAUUGUGUUAAUGUGUUUUUUGUUUUUACGGUUUUGAAACAAUUUUCCUUGGAUUUUCUUUCUCGAACAAACGUUGUUGGUUUUUUAAUUUGUUGUUGUUUUUUUUUUAAUGUGUUUUCUGUUACAAUAAUCAUUGAUUGCCGCCAAAUCUUGAGAAGUGACUGUGUGCCAUUUUAUUAAAUUUUUGUAAUAUGAUCGGAUAAAAUACCAGCCCAAUUUUAUACACCUGUUUAUUAAAUAGGAGUAUGUCAUCUAAACGAAAGUCACCUCCAACUAAACUUCAAGAAGGUGGCGUUGCACUGACAACAUCAACAAAUACAAGCACAGUCGAGAGUGAUAAAGCAUCAGAUGAUAAAACUUUAUCAACAAUACCAGCAAUUAUCACACCAAACAGUGAUAAAAAUGUAAUAUGUGAUAGUGAUAAUAUAAGUGUAAAACGUGAAUCAGACGAUGAUGAUAAUGUUGAUAAUAUCGAUGAAACAACUGAACUGAUAACACAACAAAAUAAUAAACUUAUCGAAAACAUUAUCACUGCAUCAGCAACCACAUUCUAUUCAUCACAUACAUCAACUGCAUCAAUAUCAUCAGCCAGUACAAUCAGUGAGGAUAUUGAUGUAGAUACACGUAUCGAGGACGUUGAGGAUAUCGAAGACGAAUUAGACGACGAAGACGAAGAAAUUGACGACGCAAGUGAGAUAAAAAAAGACAUUGUUGAACAACAAAGUUCACCACCAAAUAAAAAACAACGAUAUAAUAAUAACAGUGAUAAUCAUAGUGAUAAUAGUGAUUUAUCAUCAGUACCUGUUACAUCAUCAUCAAACUUAAUGAUUUCUGAACAAGCAGCCACACUUGCUUUACAGCAACAACAUUAUCAAAAUGAUCUAGAACAAUUUUUAUUGCGACAACAGCAACAACAAUUACAAUUACAUCAUCAACUACAACAAUUACAUAAUCAUCAUCAUUCAUCAUCAAAUCAUCAUAAUCAUCAUCCGUUACAUUUAUCACCUUCACAUUAUCAUAGGCAAUUGUUAAUGAUGAAUGAGCAACAUCAACAACAGCAACAGAGUGAUAAUACUGAUGAGUCUACAUCACAGAGGCAGCAUCAUUUAUCGUCACUAUCAACGGAAUCAUCACCGAUACAAUUAGAUCUCAAACAAGAAUGUUUUGAUAAUAAUAACACAUUAAAUAAUAACAAUAAUAGUAGUAAUAACAAUAAUAAUAGUUCGUUAAAUCAAACUAAUGGUGGGGGUAAUAGUAACAAUAACAAUAACAGUUGUGCAAGUACGACCUUGACCACAUCAUCAACAACUGCAACGACUGGUGGUACAGGUAGUGGGGGUAGUGGUAGUGGUACUGUAACUGUGCAUAAUACAACCAAACGUACUAUGGACGAUGUGUUAAAACGUUUAACGUCUAAAAUGAACAAUAGUACGAUACGAGAGGAUCAACAACAAUCAAAACGACCGACACCAUCAUCAACGCCAAAUAUUAAACAGGAAAUUGAUAGUAGUAAUGCACAAGAAAAUAGUACACUUCAAAUGGAUGGGGCAGCAGCCUUACAACAAGUACAACAAGUAUUAGCUGGUGAAUCAUUCAUGGAAAAAGAACGACGGCUAUCUGAAAUGAUUCACCAAUUACAAAUGGUUAGAGAGCAACUAGUCCAACAACAAGAAAAAAGCAAGGUCUCCUACCAAAGUCAAAUAACAAGUGAAACACAAAAACAAAUUGAAUUACAACGGAUGCAACAAGAGCAUUUAAAACGUCAACAGGAUCAUAUAUUACAACAACAGCAUAAAAUACAAGAAUUACAAAAUCAAAUAUCAACACAAUAUGGAUCAACGAAAGGAUUACCAAAUCUUUCUAGCCCACAAUCAUUAUUUUUACCAUCAUUUUUGGAUCAAUUACGAAGUUCUGCUGUAUUAAUGCCACCAUUAACCAAUCCUAAUAAACAAACAACGAUGAUACCACCAGCUCCAUGGGUACAAACAAUGCAUUUACCACAAAUACCAACGAGCGCUUCAUCGUCAAGUACAUCCAGAAGUGAAACAAAAACACCACCUCAAACAACAACAUCAUCUCCUUCACCAUCACCUCCAAAUAAUGUUAACGAUCCAGAUGCACCAUUAAAUUUAUCAAAACCAAAAGGUGGAAGUGGAGGUGGUGGAAAUUCAUCGAAUUCAUCAUCAACAAAUACAAGCCCCCAUAAUUAUUCAAUGCAACAUGGAGAGCAACCAGCCGUAGCAGCAACAACACCAAAACUCUUACCGCCAACGUUAAUAAUGGGUGGUCGUCCAACAUUCUUACCAUACGCUGGAUUACCACCACAUUUAGGUCAGUUACCACCAUCCGUUGACCGGAGACCCAGUUUAUUAGGACAAGGUCAAGGCGGUGGUAGUGGAAAUAAUAGCGGAGGAAGUGGAAGUGGUAAUGUUAAACAAGAAGCUUCACCAUCACCAAAUGAUAACCAUGGGCAUUUUCCAAUGCAUAUGUAUGGUAUACCACCAGGACAACCACAUUUACCAACGCAAGGGAAGUCACAUCGCGAUGAUGCAAGUAGUACAAGCAAAGAAGAGGCUGAUUUUAUGACAGCUUGUGGACUUUGGGGACCAGAAGCUGGUUAUAAGCUACCCGAAGAGAGUGGUGAAAAAGCUAAAAUGGUACGACAGAAUUCCAAACGUGAGAACGACAACAAACCACAUAUAAAACGGCCAAUGAACGCAUUCAUGGUUUGGGCCAAAGAUGAACGUAGAAAAAUAUUAAAAGCAUGCCCUGAUAUGCAUAAUUCAAACAUAUCAAAAAUACUUGGUGCCAGAUGGAAAGCAAUGUCAAAUUCAGAAAAACAACCAUUUUACGAAGAACAAUCACGUUUAUCAAAAUUACACAUGGAAAAACAUCCUGAUUAUCGAUAUCGACCUCGGCCAAAACGCACCUGUAUUGUAGAUGGUAAAAAAAUGCGUAUAUCCGAAUAUAAAACGUUAAUGCGACAACGACGACAAGAAAUGCGACAGCUAUGGUGUCGUGAAGGUGGUCCAGAAAUGGGAUUUUUACCUCCAGGUGAACUAGCAUCACCGGGUACUUCUUCAGCAGGUCGACCAUCAGUAUCACCACCCUUAAUGAUGAACGGUGCUGGUCCUAGUAGCGAAGGUUCAUAUUACUAUCCACCUCCGGACAGUUUAUCACCGGAUCCAAUGAAUUAUUCACCUGAACAUACAUCGGCUGCAUUAGCAUACGAUUCAAGUCCCAGGCAUCAUGACGACGAUUGAAAUAUCGCCCCCUCGGAUAUGAUGAAUCGAUGUAACACAAAUUGGUCAUCAUGGAUGUCGUACAAUGGAGCGAUUUGAAUCUGAAAAAUGUCUGGAACAAAAUCAGAAGAUUAAAAAUUUUUCAUCUAAAAUAAAAAUUGUGCCAAAACUAUAUUUAGAGCCACCAAAAGGUUGUGAAUUUGAAUUCUGCGUGCCAUUCAAGCAAACA